AUGCACCAGGGCGAUUACGCUUCCUACUACCAGUUCCCCACCUUCCAAAACCCUAAUCCCAAUCCCAAUCCCAAUCCGAUCGAUCACCACCAGACGGCGUCGGCGCCGCCGUUCUCCGCCAGCUACCCUCCCGCCGAUUACUCUGCGGCCUAUCCUCCCCAAUCUUACCCUCCCCCGCCUCCUUACUCUUCCAAUCCCGAUCCCGCCCUCCACCCACCCGCAGCUCCCUCGUACACUCAACCGGCAUCAGCUCCGUUGAAUUCCCAAUCCUCGUUCAACCCACCGCCUCCGCCGUCAGCUCAGCAGCCGGUGUUCCCGUCCUACGAAUCGCAUGGAUCUGCAUACCAGCAACAGCAUCCCCCGGAGCAAUCGUACUUCCCGCCGUUCGAUCACCAUCAGACGCAUGGUGCCAGCUAUGCGGCUGCCCCUCCCCCGCCACCGCCUGCCUCUAAUCCGAUUGCCGGCGCGCCCUAUAUGUCCUAUGGCUCUCUUAAUUCGGUAGGAUCGUCUGUUCCGCCUGUGUACGAUAACCAAUAUGAGAAUUCGCUCAAGUUUGAUCAGGGCGUUGGGUAUCUUGACGAUAAGUAUGGGAUCUAUAAUCGGAGUCGGUCUGAUUUGGGGAUGGAUUCGUAUGGAAGGAAGUCGGAAGGGAGGUCCGAAAUGGAGCGGGAUAGUGGAUAUGGCGAUGGUGUUGUUGCUUAUCAAGGAGGGAAGGUGGAGCCGUAUGGGGCGAGAGGGACGGCACCGAAAUCUUCAACCUGGGGUAUGUUUGAUGAUUAUGGAAGAGCCAUUAAUGUCCCUAGCUCAAAGGACUCUUCUUUGGGUUCGGGUUCUGGUUUGAAUUCUCCUAAGAUCGUGAGGGCAGUGCCUAAGAUGGAUACUCAGGAAGAUGUCAAAGGUGGGGUGCAGAAGUUCAGGGUUAAGCUUCUGGCUGAAAGUGGAGGCCAGAGCACCAUGGAUGUGCUUUGCCAGAUUGGUUUGGAUGGAAUUAAGAUGCUAGAUCCCAAUACCAGUCGGACACUCAGAAUCUAUCCCCUUGAGAACAUCACCAGAUGCGAUAAAAUGGACUCGUCAACUUUUGCCUUUUGGUCCAAGAGCUCUGUGGAUGUUGAACCAAGGCGCAUAAGGUUGCAAUCAAAUAGCUACACAACCAAUACACUUCUUGACACAGUGACUGCUGCAACCGUGCAGCUGAAGGAAAUGGGGGAGAGACCCAAGGCUUCUGAUCUUUCAAAGAUGUCUGAGCAGACUGCAGAGAGGAAGAAAGGUUUUGGUGAUUGGAUGAACUUCAUAAAGCCUGCUAAUGAAGAGAAAGAUCAUUGGGUCCCUGAUGAAGCUGUGAAGAAGUGUACAGGAUGUGGGACUGAUUUUAAUGCAUUCAUUCGAAGGCACCACUGCAGAAACUGUGGGGAUGUAUUCUGUGAUAAAUGUACACAUGGAAGAAUUGCUCUUACUGCUGAGGUGAAUGCACAGCCAGUUAGAGUUUGUGACCGGUGCCUCGCUGAAGUGACUCAGAGGUUGACCAAUGCUAAAGAAGCAUCCAGUAAACCUGCAGGAUUAAUUAGCCAUGAGGACCUCGCUAUGAAACUUCAGGAGGAGAUGGAGAGGAAUCGAAAGACAUCCUCGGGAUCAAAAUCGUCUGAUGGAUCAUCUGGGAAGCGAAUGAGGGAAGUCGCUUGCCCUACUUGCACCGUCCAUCUCCAGGUUCAGGUCCCCAGCUCAGGUUCGGAGACAAUUGAAUGCGGAGUCUGUCAGCACCCGUUUCUCGUCAGUGCUCACUAG